AUGGAUAAAAAAGAUGGUAAACAGGCGAUACUGAAGGACUUGUCCAGAGAAUGCCGCCCCGCUGUAUCUCCGUUACAGAACAGCUACUACCAGGGUGUAUGUCCCACUCCUCUCAGUGGCAAAACAAUAGGCCAGAUGUUAGACCGAGCUGCGGAUCAGGGAGCCGAUCAUGUGAUCUUCAAAGUUCCGGAUUACAGCCAGGAAAUAACACUUCGGAAUCUCCUUCGUAGGAGUCGGGCUGCAGCGAAAGGCUUGAUCGCGAUGGGUUUACAGAAGGGCGAUGUCGUCAUGCUUACUGGAAUGGCAGAUAUGGAAAGUAUAGUGUUGUACUAUGCAGCGGUGUACAUUGGACUGGUGCCUUUCCAGCCAUGCGUGAGAUACCCACUGGAUAGAUACCUACCAAAGGCAAUGCAGGUCAAUCCGUCAGUGCUGUUUGUUGGUCCAGAAGUAAUGCCUGUCAUCAAUGAAGAGCUCGAGAAGAUAUGGAAAUCUUCCGAAACAAAUAGGCCUCAGACACUUAAAGAUAUCAUCUACACUGGGACAAGCAAACACAGUUUCAGUCAAUAUUCAGAAUUCCUGAAGCAGGGUGAAACCGUGUCGGAUGUCACAUUAAACGACAUAUCCUCCCGAGUUAGUACGGAUGAUAUUGCCUACAUAGUGGCGACAUCAGGAUCAAGUGGCGAAGCUAAACUGGUUUGCCAGUCUCACUGUUAUGCUGUCAACUGUGCGAAGUUUGCGAACACCAGAAGAAAUCCUUACCAAAAGAAAGACGUAGUAGGAGGACGAAAUCCAACAACAGAUGAUAUCCAGUUUUUCAUGGGCGUGACACAAGCGGUAUAUAACUGGCGGGAGAUUAUUAUGAUCAUCUUGUCUUCUAAAGUAGAAUUCUAUCAGGACGAUAUUACAUGUCUGCUGGAAUGUAUUCAAACCUAUAGGAUGACAUGGUAUACUGGAUAUCCGUUUGAACUUUUGAAGAUGUUGGAUAGCCCGAGUUUACAGAACUAUGAUAUAUCAUCAUUACGAGGAGUCGUCGUCACUGCUCAGAUGAUAACAUCAGAAUUAAAACAACGACUGAAACAACAUUUUCCGGACACAAGUAAUGUGUAUGGGUCCUCUGAAGGCAUGGUUUCCAUGAUAUCAGCGACACUAUCGUCAGAAACUCAGAAGUCAGAAAGCGUUGGCUAUCCAUUUCCUCACACAGAGGUGAAGAUCGUAGGUGACAACAACGAGGUAUUACCGAUAGGUAAAGCUGGAGAAAUAUGUACUCGAGGCUGGUUCUGUUUCACCAAGUACUUAAAUGACCCAGAAACAACAUCAAAAGCAAAAGGGGAGACUGGAUGGCUGCAUUUAGGAGACGUCGGCAUUAUGGAUGUCACAGGUCACAUACAGCUGCUAGGUAGGAAAGAGGAAUGCGUGGUGUUUAAACAUACGGGAGACAAGGUGUAUCCCUCCCUCAUACUGGAUACGGCCAAUAAACAUGAAGCGGUUAAAGAGGCCAAGGUGGUCGGGAUACAAGACAACCAUAUUGGCCACGAAAUUUGUCUCUUUGUUCAGCUGCAUCCUGAGGCCGAUCUAACAGAAAAACAGCUGGAGGAAUACUUCAAUAAAGAGCUUCUUUUCCUCGAAUGUCCAACGAAAUAUUUCAUCCUUGACGCCAUGCCUCGUGCUGGUGCUAGAGGAAAGGUUCAUAUUCAACGGUUGAAGGAGAUCGCCAUUGAAAGAUUAGAAGGUCAAUAA